CCUCUGCUCCUCCCCUGACUCCACCCCUCGUACCCCCAGCCCGGCCAGAACGGCCCCCGGGACAGAGCGACGCGGAACCCCGGGCGCUUGUGUCCCCAGCAUGAUCCUCGGCAGCUUGAGCCGGGCAGGGCCCCUCCCUCUGCUACGGCAGCCCCCCAUCAUGCAGCCCCCACUGGACCUCAAGCAGAUCCUGCCCUUCCCACUGGAGCCGGCACCCACCCUGGGCCUCUUCAGCAACUACAGCACUAUGGACCCUGUGCAGAAGGCUGUACUCUCCCACACUUUUGGGGGACCCUUGCUCAAGACCAAGCGGCCCAUCAUUUCCUGUAAUGUCUGUCAGAUCCGUUUCAAUUCUCAGAGCCAGGCGGAGGCACACUACAAGGGUAACCGCCAUGCCCGAAGAGUCAAAGGCAUCGAGGCUGCCAAGACCCGUGGCAGGGAGCCUGGCGUCCGGGAAUCUGGAGACCCAGCUCCUCCAGGCAGCACCCCCCCAAAUGGAGAUGGUGUAGCCCCCCGUCCAGUUUCCAUGGAGAAUGGAUUGGGUCCAGCCCCAGGAUCCCCAGAGAAACAGCCUGGCUCCCCAUCUCCUCCCAGCGUUCCGGAGACUGGUCAGGGUGCGACCAAGGGUGAAGUGGGGACUACUCCAGCCCCAGCCUCCUUGCCUGGAGGUAGCAAGGAAGAGGAAGAGAAGGCCAAGCGGCUGCUCUACUGUGCUCUGUGCAAGGUGGCAGUGAACUCCCUGUCCCAGCUUGAGGCCCAUAACAAAGGUACUAAGCACAAGACAAUUCUGGAGGCCCGAAGUGGGCUGGGCCCCAUCAAAGCUUACCCUCGGCUGGGGCCUCCCACUCCCGGGGAACCAGAGGCUCCUGCCCAGGACCGAACCUUCCACUGUGAGAUCUGCAAUGUCAAGGUCAACUCGGAGGUCCAACUGAAACAGCACAUUUCCAGCCGGCGGCACCGAGAUGGCGUGGCCGGGAAGCCCAACCCGCUACUGAGCCGUCACAAGAAGCCUAGGGGCGCCGGGGAGCUGGCGGGCACUCUGACUUUCUCCAAGGAGCUGCCCAAGUCCCUGGCCGGCGGCCUGCUCCCCAGCCCCCUGGCGGUGGCUGCGGUGAUGGCAGCGGCAGCAGGCUCCCCGCUGUCUCUGCGCCCGGCUCCAGCCGCACCUCUUCUCCAGGGACCGCCGAUCACCCACCCCCUGCUCCACCCGGCCCCCGGGCCCAUCCGAACUGCGCACGGACCCAUCCUUUUCUCCCCCUACUGACCCGAACCCUGAAUCCCCUCCCAUUCAACCCCCCCCCCCCACCUCCAGCCGGGACCCAGGCCUCCGGGCUCCCAGCCCGCCCCUCCUCCUGGCACUCCCUGAAUGAUCUAUCUCCUUCCCCCCCACCCCGAGAUACGGGGUUCCAGGAAAGGGGAGGGGUAGCGGGGGAGGGGGGCUUCAGAAGGGGGGGAACACCCCAGAUCUCAGGGAACCCCGCCCCCUGCCCUUCCCUCUCCCUCGAAAAGGGGGGCCGUCUCACCCCCGAGCCCCCUUGGAGACACCCCCCCAAAAGCCAUGUCCAUCCAGCCCUUCCCCCCCAAACCUAGCACAAAACGGGGUUCACAAGCCAUGGUCGGGGUCCAGGGGGCAGAAAUGGAUUUUCUUGGCAAUAAGCGGACUCUGGGACUCCGGCCCCCUACCCCCAAACUGAAGCGCUUCCGUGAACACCCCCGUCCUCCGCAGGGGGAGGGGAGCAGGCGGGAUCCUGGGUCCCUCAUAAGCACUUUGGUUUUACCGCCUGCAACCUCACUGUGCCCGCCCCGCAUCAUGCCCCAGCCCAGGUCUAGCCGGGCCCAUGGGCAGCACUUGGGGGCAUCUCUGGCACUUGGGUGGGACCAAGUAGAUGCCCCUAGAGACCUUUUCCUCACCUUCUUCCUCCCCGGUCCGGAUUCCAUUCUUUUCACCAGCACCCAUCGCCCAAGGGGUACCAAGGGGGGGCAAGGGGUGUCCAGUCCAAGUCCACCCCCGCCUCGCCUUCCGCAAAACUGUGAGCAAAAAGCAAUAGAAGCCUCGCCCCCGCCCCGCCCCUUUCCGCAGGAUUCGCAGAGUCUGUAGCCUCCCCCAUCCCAGCUCCUAGACCUCAUGGCUGUCCCCUCCCCCCAGACACCUCCACUGCACAAAUCGGGCGGGGUCGUGACCUCCCCCCACCCCCCUGUGGUUUCGUAUCGUCAGCCCUUCCAGUACCGACCUGGGACGGGGAUGGCCCCUACUGGCCUUCCCCUCCCCAUCAACUCUUUCUGCUUGACGAUGUAGCAACCCCGGCCCCCCAUCCACGCCUUUCCCCUUUCCCUCGCCCUGACAAUAAAGUCUGGAUUCGUUGCCCUCCGUC